GACACACCGUCGUUACCUACGAGAAAAAAAUAAAAGACCUUUUUACCAAAAGUGUUGUCUUUUGCCGACGAAAUCACUGAAGCCAGCGGCGAAAGAACUGGUUUUGUGGUGUUCAUGGAUACAAGAAAGAUUCCGUUGUUCUGUUUUUGGAAUGGGUGUAUUAAAGAUGGUCCUGAUGGUCCGUUCUAUGAAGGGUCAAGUCCAAGAGGGAUCAGAGUUGAUAGCAAAAUCGAACUAUCCAGAUUGUUGGAUGAUCUGCAUCUACUUACUGGUUUUGAAAAGGGAAAGUUUCAGAUUGAUUUGAUUGGUAGGUACCCUUCCAUUGUUCAACAACAGAUGGUCAAGUAUGUGCGUUUGCCCAUUGUGGAUGAUUGUAGUUUGGAGAUGAUGCUUGAGGUUCCAAGUUACCAUCCAUCUAUCAGCAAUCUGGAGUUUUAUUUAGAGAUCAAACCAUUUUCUGAUGAAGUUACUGUUCCUAUUUCUCAUCAGUCGCCAUUGGAAAAUAAUGCGACCCGAAAGCGUUAUCGGCAAGAGGAUGCUAGUAGUGUCAAUGCAGAUGUAAAUGUGAGUGUGAGAAACACUAAACUAAGAAGUCCGCCGGAGGAUAACCAUAAUGGGUGGAUUGAAGAUGAAGAGAGUACGGAUAUCGGAAACUGUGGUGAUAAUGGGGUUGCACAGAAGGAUUCGAAAAUGAAAAAUCCAACUCCAACGAAAGGCGUCAGCGAUAGUGUCUCGAAGCAGUUGAUUUUCUCUAGUCCAUGGCUCGAUGAAAGUGAAUUACAUGUUGGGAUGAUUUUUAGAGGUGAAGAUGAGCUGGAUAAAGCAGUGAACUUGUACUCUAAUAGAAGGCAACGUGAAUACAAUGAAUACAAAAUUUUAAAUAAAUUUGUAUGCAAGAGAAACUGCGGAUGGGCUCUCAAGGCAACUAAAAUGAAUGGAAAUGGCUUCAAGAUAACAGAAUACACAGGUCCACAUACUUGUAAGCCAGCAGAGGUGGGCUCAGAUUUCCUGGCAGGUGAGAUCGAAGGUAUAAUAAAGGCUCAGCCCUCGGUCUCAAUUGUAGAGCUGAACGCUUGGGUGAAAGAAGAAUUUGGCUACACAGUCUCGCGUACUAAUAUGUGGCAUGCUAAAAAGAAAGCGAUAACUGGAAUCUUGGGAGAUUUGGACAAGAGUUUUAGCGUAUUGCCCAAGUUCAUGGCUGCCCUUAGCUCAUCUAACAAGAUGCUCUUGGAAUGGCAAUAUGAUCCUUUUCCUGAUCCCAAAGAUGCAUCCUUUCGUUCAGUGUUUUGGGCGUUUCAGCAGUCAAUUGAAGGAUUUCCUCACUGCAGACCUGUCAUCAUAGUUGAUACAGUUGACUUGAGCAGUAAAUACCCUGGGAAACUGUUGGUUGCAGCGGGAUUUGAUGCUGAAAACAGGCUUUUCCCACUUGCGUUUGUGAUUACUACCCAAGAAAGUUUGUCAGCUGAUACUUGGCGUUGGUUCUUUUCAUGCAUCAGAAAGAAAGUAACUCGAAGGGAAGGCCUUUGUCUAAUAACGAGUCCAAAUCCUGGCGUAGUUGCAGUUGUUAAGGAACCUGAGUGUCAGUGGGCACAACACCGGUUCUGUCUUAGGCAUAUGUGCUUAAAAUUUUAUGAUGUUUUCCAUAACAAUCUAAUGACAGAGUUUGUUUACAAGGCUGGAUCCACGAGGUACGUAUCAACUUUUGUUUACUACUUGAAGAAAAUCGAAAAGAUGAACCCGAAGGCUCGAAAAUGGUUAGACAAAAUACCUCCACAUCAAUGGGCUCUGGCUUACGAUGAUGGCGGGCUGAGAGUCGGGAUCCUGACAACAAAUACAAUAUUUAGGACGUAUGGUUUCCUAAACACAGCUCUUGAUCUUCCAAUCACAACCUGCAUCUUGCUAAUCUUUGAUUACCUGGCAGAGGCUUUUAAAACUCUACGUGGUCUUUCUGAGGAAUCACUGACUGGAAGAGAUCUAUACUCCAAAUAUAUCAUGAAUUUUUUUGAAGAGUGUAAGGAAGCUUCUAGAACGCACGAUGUAUUGCCACUAGACCAGACAGGGGAGAAGUUUCAGGUCACGGAAGUGAUGCAAGUUAGAAAAACAAGUUUUGUUGUUCAUCUCAAUGAUCAGGUUUGCACUUGUGGAAUAUGGCAACUUUGCAAGCAUCCAUGUUCACACGUGUUAGCGGUUUGCAGGAGGCUGAACAUUGAUCAUUUGCAGUAUGUUGAUGACUGUUAUAGUACAGAAAGUUAUCUUGCAGUUUACGCAGCUGAUUUCAAACCGCUUCCGGGAGUCUCUGAUUGGCCGGAAGCUUCUGAAGUUCCAAGAUUGUUUCCUCCUGGAAGUCGUCCGAUAUCAACUCAGCCAAGCAAGGCUACCGGAGGCAAAAAGCGAUCCAAUACCGGUAAAAAGAAGGUAAGGUCUGAAAUGUUGAAUCGAACGGAACUAAAUGUUGAAGAUGGUUCGGGUUGUUAACUGAUUUUACAUCGAUUUAGUUUGGUUUAGUUCAGUUUGAGUUUAAGGGAAACUAUUUCUUGUUUUAAUAUGUACAAAGAAGCGGCUAGAGAAGUUGGUGGAUGUUGAACCAACUAGUAACGAUUUUUUGUUUGUAAGAUAUGCUAACCGGUUUAGUGUUGGUUUUUUGGGAGGUUGUAUGAAAACCGGUUUGGUUUAAAAUUCCUGUAAUGUCUGGACAUAGUAAGUUAACUUUUGUGUUGAUGAUGUUGUUAUAUUUGUAUGCAUAAGUA